AUGGUCUUCAGUUGCUUAAGAGUUAAUCCCAAUCAGCCGAAGCCACUCAAAUGUAUCAAGCAAACAGCCUCAAACAGCAUUGAGGCUAUGCCACUAUUGAUAUCACAAUCUGCUUUGACUAAUUGCUUGAAUACCGAUGACCAUCCAAAAAUCAAAAAUCAUUGCUGUCAUUCUUAUUAUCCUAUCGAUUUGCACUUUCAAUGUCGCCCGUGCAACUCCGGGUUGCCAUGA